AUGGAUGAGAAAUCAAGAUAAUGGGUUAUAGAAAAACCAAUUGUAGCAUGUUUUAAAAAUGAAAUAUUAAUAUCUGCUUUUACUAAAUUGGAUUCUACAAAAUAAACAACAUUAUAAAUUUUUAAGAUUUUUGAUAAUCUUGUUAAUUUAUUUCCUGGUUUGGCUAAUAUUUAUAGGAAAGGAGUGAAUAAGGAAAAAAUUAUGAAUUUAUUUUAGAGAAUAAAUAAAUCUGAAUUAUAAAAUACUUCAUUUGAAAUACCAAAUUUAUAGGGUCCAUCAUCAAAUUAAGUUAGAAUUACUGGAUAAGAAAAUAGGGCAUCUUUAUAAAGACCAGGGUAUAUAAAAUUUAUUUAAAUUUUAGAUCUAUUCAUAAUUCAAAUAGAAGCAAUAAAUUAAAUAAAUUACCAUCUGCUAUUAAUUAAAAUGGAAGAUAAUCAAGAGCUAUUUCUUUGAUUAAUUCACUUUAAAAAUCAAAUUAAUCUGAAUAAUAAGUUGAUUUUAAUUCAUCUUUUUAAAGCAAUAUACCAUCCUAAUUUACUAAUAGAUAAUAAAAAUAAAAUUCUAAAUAAAUUGUUCUUACUAAAGAAAUACUUCAUCCUGAACAGUUUCUUUUAGAAAAGCAAAAGAUAUAAAUUCCAUUUUUAGUAAAAGAUGAAUUAGAAAUGGUAUAACAUUGUAGAAAUAGAAAUUUUGAGAAAUUAGUAAGAAUAGAAAAAGUGAGUAAUAUGAUUCAAUAAGUGGGUUAAAAAUUGGCUAUAGAAGAAGAAAAGAAGAAACUAUAAAAAAGAUACCUUUAAUUAUCUAUUGCUAAGUGA